UUGCAUUACAAGCCACCUCUUCAAAGUGGUAAAAAAUGGUGAGGAGAAGAGAAGGCCUUACCUUACCAAUUUCGUCUUCAACGCCAUCGCUUCCUGAAUCACUACCCGAUAUUAAAACAGUGGCGCCACAUAAACCAAAACAACGGUUAUCUAAGCAAUUAUCAAUGCGUGAGACACCGCGAGAUGUUGCUUGGGAAAAAAGGCGCCGUCAGAUGUUAAAGAUUCAGGAGAAGAAGCAAAAAGGCGGCGUCUCUGAAAACGAUAGCGAUCCGCCAGAUCUAACCGAUGAAGAUUUAAGGGAGCUUAAAGGGUCGAUCGAGUUAGGUUUUGGUUUCAGUGAAGAAGCUGGACAGAAGUUGUGCAACACAUUACCAGCAUUAGAUCUUUACUUUGCUGUGAAUAGGCAGCUUUCGCCUCUCCCUUCACCUAGUAGCAGCCGUAGCAGCAAUGGAGGAGAUGGAUCCUUGUCUUCUACUUCUGUUUCCUCAAGCAGCAUACCUUGUAGCCCAAAAACCGACUCGGAUUCAUUAAAGAUCCUAUGCCCAGGGGACAAUCCUCAACAGGUGAAGCAAAGAUUACGACAUUGGGCACAAGCUGUUGCAUGUUCUUUGAUGCAAUCUCAGUGAUGAGUGUAUAUGUUGUGACUUUAAGUUUCAACUUGAAACACUUAUUUUUUUUACUUUUGUGGGUGAAAUAGGACAGAGAAAGAAUCUUACUACGUAGGAUCUCUCUGAACAAAAAAGAGAUAGAAAA